ACGGCGCGGCGUGCAGGGAGUUGAUGGCAGAAUUUCCCCACAUUGAGAAGGUCCCGUGCGCCACGCAUGUUUUGGACCUCCUCAUGGAGGACAUUGGGAAGAUGGCGUGGGCGCGGGCAGUGGUGGAGAAGGCGGAUUACAUCAUCGCCUUCGUCCGCAAGCAUCAGUUCACGCGGAACUUCAUGCGCAACUGCAAGGCGGGAGAGAUGGACAUGGUGCGGUGGUGGACUUGGCAUGGCACCGACCAUCCCGACCUCACCGCCCUCGCUUGCCGUGUCCUCACACAGGCCGUCUCUGCAGCCGCAUGCGAGCGCAAUUGGGCGGUGUGGGACUCAGUCCACACCGCCAAGCGCAACCGCUUGGGGUCGGAGAAGUGCCGGGAUUUGGUGUACGUGGCCCACAACUGCGUGAUGUUAAUGUGAAAAGAAAAUUUCUGCUGUCCC